GGCGCUAAUAGAACUACACCUAUAAGGUAUUCUGGAUGGUCUUGUUUACCUACUCACGUGCCGUCCGCAUACAUAUCACCCGCCUUCGCCGCGCGCCCAUGUUAGUCAGAAUAGCUGACUAAAGUGCGAACUCCAAGUCCAACGACUCUCGAAGACUCAGGCACGACUAUCGCGGCCGCCAGCGACGAUACCAUACACUCGUGGAAAGAGAAGGGCUGUGAGGAAACCAGGCACGCACGCCGUCUGUCAUAAGAGCUUAGAGCAGGGCGCGGACGAAAGAGCGUCCCUCAGUAUACCGCGCAAGCAGCGCAAGGAAGCAAGCCAUUAUGCAGCGGUCUCAGGAGAUGAAUACGGACAUGAGCCUGCGAGAGCAGCUUCUCGCCGAGGCUGGCAAUAGCAGUGCUCCUUCACCAUAUCCAGCAGCUCCUGCGCCCGCGCAGGGCCCGAGCAAUCCAUAUCCGCAGUCCGACCACAGUCCCAGUCCUCACGAGCAUCAGAUCGACCCCAACGUCUCCAGUGGGCAGCUACAGUACUCUAUGAGCGGAGAUGCGCAGAUGGAAAGCGCGGACGGGAAACGCAAGCGCGAGUUGUCAACAAGCAAGAGAGCGGCGCAGAACAGAGCAGCACAGCGGGCCUUCCGACAACGUAAGGAGGGUUAUAUUAAAAAACUCGAAGAGCAAGUCAAGGAUUUCCAGGCCAUGGAGCACAACUACAAGGCCCUGCAGAACGAGAACUACUCCUUGCGCGAAUACAUCCUCAGUCUGCAGUCCAAGCUCCUUGAGAAUCAAGCUGAAUUUCCUCCUGCGCCAACACAUGCAAACGUAUCGAGCGCGCCUUCACAGCAAUAUCGAGGAGAAUCAUCGUACGAACAGCAGCCACGAGAGGAACAGCAAGCUCCGCCCCCUGCACCUGUAGUCGCGCACGAGGACCAGGACUAUCAGCGACACGAUGGGAUCAGUCAGCUGCACCAGGCGGCCAUUGCACAGGAAGCGCGAGCUUCUCCGUAUGGACUGGCAAGCGAGUAUCCCAGUAGACAGCCGGAUGCUAAGAAUUGAUGAGAUGUUGCGCGCGCGAUAAUGCUGUUGAAUUCGGAUGCCAGGUGGCGGGGUUUGGGCGCAUUAUAGGAAGAAGACUGCUAGAGACAGCACAGCUAUUGCCAUGCGCUCAACAUCAACCUACCGAAGCUUGUUAGUUCUCAAUUCAUGUUAAAAGAGGUCACGAAGACCUUGCGAAGGACAACGACAUACUUCACAGCUGAACCUUGGUCUCCUUCUAGACUUGACAGCGGAAAAUGUCUACUUGUGAUGAGGUGUUGCUAAUAGUGUUAUAUAGCAAGCCGAUCGCAGCUGUGCCCUCACUUUGCCGCCUGAAACCGAGCUGUCCAGUGCGUCGAUUAUGAUAUCCCAAGUCUGGAGCGCUACAGUGAUACCGGCACCUCGCUUGGUAUUCUGGGCAUCGAAGCGUAAAUUCCUCCAGCCCAAUAGGUGUGACAUGUGCGCGUUUCUGGAAGCUGCCGAUCUCGAUGUGGCCGCGGGUACCUGUAUCUACCCAUACAGCAAUCUCC